UCCUUGAUCCACCAAAAGCCAUCUGUUCUCCCUUCUUCGAGGUUACUUGCAUCGUCUCGAGCAAUCCUUUUACUGUUCCCAGAUCAAGAUUCUGGCCGCAAUCCUCGGCGUUCUACGCUUACAAAGGAAGCAACGUUUCAUUGUUUUUACGUUGGAUUCCAGAUAGCAGCGACUUUGUUUCCUGCAAUGCAAUUAUAAGUAAUCACAGCACUUAGUUCAGUAGGCCAAACCCACACGAAGCUUCUCAGAACCUGAAGCAUUUAGUUAGAUCCAGGCUUUCUCGGUUUCUUAGGCUAGGAAGAAGGACGAGAGAUCAUUUAUACCCAUACCCCGUGCUUCCUCUUUCUCCAUUCUUCUGAGUCUCCCACCUCCGACAGUGAAGGAAGAAGAAGAGAGCCAUGAAGGGAGUGAGCCUCUUGGCUGGCCUCUUUCUGCUGCUGCUGGCUCCUCGUUAUCAUGUCGAGGCUGGCGGGGGGUUCAUCAAGACCAGGGGGCUGAACUUUGUGCUCGAUGGCAACCCGUUCUUUGCCAAUGGGUUCAAUGCCUACUGGCUCAUGACUCUGGCCUCAGAUCCGUCUCAGAGAAGCAAGGUCUCCUCUGCCUUUGGAGACGCCUCCAGCCAUGGCCUCUAUGUGGCCAGGACAUGGGCUUUCAGCGAUGGGGGAAGCAACGCCUUGCAGUACUCCCCGGGCUCCUACAACGAACAAACCUUCAGGGGGUUGGAUUUUGUGAUAUCCGAGGCCAGAAGAUAUCGAAUUAGGCUCAUCUUAAGCUUGGCCAACAACUACGAUACUUUUGGAGGGAAGAAGCAGUAUGUCCAAUGGGCAAGAAAUCAGGGUCAGUACAUUGCAUCAGACGAUGGUUUCUUCACAGACUCUGUUGUCAAAGGCUAUUACAAGAAUCAUAUCAAGACUAUGCUCACAAGAGUCAACACCAUCACCGGAGUUGCUUACAAGGAUGACCCGACAAUCUUUGCUUGGGAGCUAAUGAAUGAGCCCAGAUGCCAGUCAGAUCUGUCAGGAAGUACCAUUCAGGGAUGGAUCACAGAGAUGGCUGCGUACGUGAAGUCCAUAGACGGCAACCACCUGCUGGAAGCCGGUUUAGAGGGAUUCUAUGGCUCCUCAUCACCCCACAAGCGAUUCAAUCCGGGCUUGGAAAUCGGAACCGAUUUCAUUGCCAACAACGAGAUUCCAAACAUCGAUUUCGCCACGAUCCAUUCCUAUCCCGAUCAAUGGUUGUCCAACGCAGACGAGCAAUCCCAGCUUGCUUUCUUGAGCAACUGGCUCGGCGUCCACAUCCGAGAUGCUCGGAACGUGAUCCGGAAGCCGCUGCUGAUCACGGAGUUCGGGAAGUCAUGGAAGGACCCAGGGUUCAGCAUCUACCAGAGGGAUACCCUGUUCAAGACCGUCUACUCCAAGAUCUAUUGGUCCGCCAGAACCGGUGGCUCGGCCGCCGGUGGCUUGUUCUGGCAGCUGCUGAGCCAAGGCAUGGACUCCUACGGGGAUGGCUACCAGAUCGUCAUGAGCGAGGGAACCUCCACGGCCCAAAUCAUAACUCAGCAGUCUCGCCAGCUUCGUUACCUCGGGAAAUUGUACGCCAGACUGCGAAACAUCGCCAGGCUCAACAAGGCAAAGGCCGUGAGAGAGGAGCAAAGCAGGGGGAAUGGCGGAAGAAACUGAGCAAGAAUGCAUGAUGAAGCUUGCAGAACUCCUUGAGAUGAAGAUCUCGUUUCAUCCAGGAGACACAGCAUCUUAUGCUCUCUAUAUAUGUGUGCAAUAAAUAUAUGGACGGAGAAGAAGAAGCUCUGUGUUUCUUUUCAUUUCUAUCCAUCUCCAUGCACGAGUAAUUUUACUGCUUGCUUGAUGAGAUGCUGCAGUAUAAGACAUUACAAUCUGUAUACAGAUGCACUAUUUGGCUUCUAAAAA